AUGCCUGCCAAUUCCGGUGUUCAGGCAAGAGGCUCCGGUCGUACCCUGGCUAUCGCCACCGUCACCGCCGUUUUUGGAACCCUGGGCUACAUGUACGUCGCGGGGAAGCAAACGAAGAAGGAAGAGGGCCCCGCCUCCAUCUACAGAGAUGACGCGCCAAAGGGCGUCAGCGACGCACGGCUGAACUCGGCAGACGUUCGCGGGACGGUCCAAGGCGACCGGAAACCGUGA